AUGAUAUAUUACAAAACACGACAACGAUGCUCGCACAUUAUGAUCAUGUACGUGAAUGCUAUAAGAGAAUUAUCCAAGUGUAGAAUUAGUCACAUGACUCUUUUCUUCUUUGCAUUGUUGGUAAGAGCAUGUGUACAAGCGCAGGAUGUAAACACAAAUGCAGUCGCUCCAGCAAAAGUUGAAGCAACGAGUGACAAUAAAGAAAAGAAGGAACAAGAGCUAAUCUGUCCAAGAGUCUUGAAUCUAGAAGGAAGACUAUCACGACUUUUAAGCAUCCCUUGUAACGAAUUAGCCGACUGCAGCAUCUUUGGUCCAAAUCAAAGAUGCUGCAAAGGAUACUGCACUCAGGGUGUUCCUCCACCUAUUAAAGAACCAUAUCACGAGGCAAUCAAUGGUUUUAGUCGAAGGUGUCCAAAAGAAACAAUACCUGAACGAUUACCAAUAACUCCCUGCAAAACGGAUACAGAUUGUAAAGAGGGAAGAAGAAUUUGUUGUCCUGAUAAAAAAGACCUGCAAUUAUAUUGUAGAACUGCUGCACCUAAUUGGGCAGAGUUGCCCUUUCAAAGAAGUCACGCAACUUUGAAAACACUAUUGGAAUAUAUGCAAUGUCAACCUCCUCCUGAAAAUCUUUUUCUAUUUCUAUCUCAACCCUGUAAUCGAACAAUGGAUUGUUUUCCUAAUCUUUGUUGUCAAGAGGGAGCAAACAAAUUUUGUAGACCUCCUAAAAAAUCUUUCAUUGCUCUAGCAGCUCAAGCAACAAAUAGAUUUAUACGAGGUUAAAAAGGAAAGGUUAAAAAUCAAGAUUUUUACACUUGAUUCGAUUUAUAAAUUAAUACCAAUGACAAUAAAGAAAAAAAUUUUUUUAGCCAUUUUUUACUGAUUUCUUGCAAUAUACA